UGUAGUUGUAUUUAGAUUAUGGUUAGUGUUAGAGGUUUCGGUUAAUGAAUGGAUCGAUUGACAAAAAACUGUUCUGUAGAAGUGUAGUCUUUGGAUUCAAAGAAGUUAGACAUGUAACCGGUACAGUGACUUCUCAGGCAAUAUUUGCAGUCUUCUAGUAGUAUAAAAAUUGUGAAACAACAAUUCGUCAAUGAAUUCUAAACUUAACAAAAGAUAUCAACUCAAAAGUAAUUGUUAGGUCUGAAAUUUGACAUUCUCGCACCUGAAAUCAUAUUGUUUUGUUUUGACAACAUUCGUCAAAUGGUGAUAUAAAGUGUUACACCUCUUAAGAAAGAGACAAACCUUUGCGAAACCAUGUAAUCUCGCAUAACAAAUCCUUUCAUAAGUGAAACAAUCUGGUUAUUCAAAAUUGUUCAUCCAUUCAUACCACACAAUGGCCUUAAAUUGGGGCAUAAUAUCUGCUGGGAAAAUUAGCCAUGAUUUUGUGACCGCAUUGGGAACGCUAACCGAUUACCAUCGGGUGGUUGCUGUUGCGGCUCGUGAUUUGUGUCGAGCAAAGGAAUUUGCAAAACUGCACGACAUUGAGAAAUACUACGAAACUUAUGAGGCCUUAGCAAAUGACCCGACCGUUGAGGUUGUCUACAUUGGCUGUUUAAAUCCUCAGCAUUUUCCGGUGGCCAUGAUGAUGCUUGAAAAUGGGAAACAUGUUUUAUGCGAAAAGCCUUUGUGUAUAAAUGAAAGGGAAGUCAGAAAACUUGUUGCCUUAGCUCAGGAAAGAAAGUUGUUUUUGAUGGAAGCCAUAAAAUCGAGAUUUUAUCCAAGCUACCAGUACUUGCGACAACAAAUUGAAAGUGGAAGUUUGGGUGAAAUACAGCAAGUAAAUGUAACUAUGGGAUCGUUAAUUGCUCAUGUUGAACGUAUGGCAAAAAACGAACUUGGAGGUGGAGUGGUUUUAGAUUUGGGUGUCUACACAAUUCAGCUUUGCCAAUGGAUUUUCCAAAAAUAUCCACAAUCAAUCCAAGCUGAAGGAACUCUUAAUUCGGAUGGAGUUGAUUUGACCAUGAAAGCUACUCUGAUUUACUCGGACACUGCUUUCGCAACAAUCGAAACAAGUGCCAUGGAGGCGUUAAAUAACCAAGCAGUUAUUAAGGGAAGCAAAGGACAAAUGAUUCUCUAUAACAUAGCUAGUCCCAUUCAACUAGUCGACGUGGAUAGUGAAACAAAAAAUUGGCCAUUACCUCAAGCUAAGCAUCAGUUCAAUUUUAGAAACAAUUUCGGUCUGACCUACGAAGCUGAAGAAGUUAGGAGGUGCAUUCGCAGUGGUCGAUUGCAAAGUACUACAAUGUCGCUUGAUGAAAGCUUAACUAUUGUUAGGAUUCAGGACGAAAUUCGUAAACAAAUUGGAGUUAUGUACAAGGCUGAUGAAUAAAUUUUAUUUACUGCACUGUACUAAAAAGACGUUUUC